CGGUGCCCUGGGAGCCUGGCGCGUGACGUCAUUGCCAUGCGCCGGGAUGAGCGGCACGCGGUAGGGCCAUGGCGGCGGCCACGCAGACCCCGGCCCCAGCGUCCGGCCUGGCGGUGCCGUCCUUCGCGGCGGCCUGCGACCUGGUGCCGAGUCGCUACUCGUGCCUGGUGGUGGUGCCACAUCGCAGGCACAUCGCGCUGGCGCCGCGCUUCCUGCGCCGCAAACUCACGGGCAUCCGCGACCAGCUGGACGCCGGGCUGCUGCGCUACUGCGACAGCCUGGGAGGCGUUCCGCUGGCCUACAGCCACGUGAAGAUCGUGGGGGCGCUGGGUGACAUUUACGACGACCAGGGCUCCAUCCACCUUCACAUCGAAGCCGACUUCGUGGUCUUCACGCCCCAGAAAGGGACCAGGCUGGUGGGUGUGAUCAAUAAAAUUGUCCCUAGUCACAUUGGCUGUCUGGUACAUGGAUGUUUCAAUGCUUCCGUCCCUAAACAUGAUUGUGUGUCAGCUGAACAACAGCAAGACCUUGGGUUAAAAAUAGGAGAUACAUUGGAAUUUGAUGUUUCUCGCUUAGAUUCUGAUGCUGCUGGAAUGUUCUUCAUCUGGGGACGUCUGACUAAAGACAGCUUGCAGUCCAAGCGUCCUGAAACUGUAACUGAAGAUACAAACAGAAAUGAGACACCAAAGAAAAAACACAAAAAAAAUGGAACAGUGAAUUUUGAAGGAGACAGUAACUCAGGGGAGGUUGUAGAGGAUGCAGACACUGCUGUGAGAGAAUAUGCAGAAGAGCAAAAUCCUGAUGAUGUGAAUGGAUUAUUUCAUAAAAAAACAAAGAAGAAGAAAAAGCAUAAGCAAGAAAAUCAAGAACCUGUGCUUCCUGGCAGUGACACUAGUGAUUACCAGAGUAACCACAAAAAGGAAAAGAGAAAGAAAAGAAAAUAUUGUGAGGAAAAUCAUGAAUUAUCUCAGUUGGCAAAAGAACCCAAAGCGACAAAGUGAAAGAAACAACAAAUGGACUGAAAUUUAAAAGGGUUUUCUUUGCAUAUGACUUUUUUCCUUUGUAAGUAUUUGAUAAACUGCUAAUAAAAUAUUAUUUUGAUUA